CGGGAUCUUCUCUCUUCUUUGACGCCACUCCCUCCAAUUUAUCAUUGACGUUGCAUCUCGAGGUUAUUAAACUUUAUUUACUAUCUUGCCUACGGCCGGCUACCUCCAAGUCAUCCCGUCUUCCCCCCAGCUGUCGAUCGAGAUGGCGCCAACAGGACGACCAAGAGGCAGACCGCCAAAGCCAGUAGAAGGUGCCAGUAGUAGCCCCGCAAACUCAAGUCUUUCUGCAACCAGAAGAUCGGCACGCCUCCUGCCCGCCAGAGAUUUCUCAAACCCUAUUGAUGCAGACGCAGACGACUCUGACUCACUUGGGGAUUCGAUGAUUGGGAAAUAUACACGCUCUCGAAAGGUAGAGGACGCAGCUAGCCGUGGAUCUCUAUCCUCAGUUUCCACGUCCCACGACUACAACGAGAGUAGCGGAUACUCUACCCCAACAACAAGCGCUUUCGCCACUCCUGCACCUGCGAAGGCCUCUAGUACGGAGACAUCAACUACUCGAAGGGGUCGUAGAGCUACAGCCAUGCUCCCGGAACCAGUACCGUCCGGUAUCAGCGCCGUUGCUAGAGCUGCAGCCCUACGCAACAGUCAGUUUUCCCUGGACUCAACUGGCAAUAAGCGCAAGAGGAUGGUUGUUCGGGAUUCAGAUGAUGAGGAUCUCGAUGCCGAUGAGGACGAUUCCCCAGAUGCCCAGCUAGCUCGAGCGCUUCAGAAAGAAGAGAAUGCGGCUGCCGCAUCUAUGACAGGUCACGACAACGGAUAUACACCGAGAAGAACGCCUCGCAAGAUCCAAAAGCUCACAUCGACCUCCUAUUCUAUUCCCCUAAGUGAUGAUGACGACGAUUUCACGUCACUGAAGAAGCCGAAGGUCGAGCUUGCUCCCAAAGGCUCCAAUGCGGUUUCAUUCUCUCCUAAGAAGACAGUUUCAAAAAAGAACUCAAUCAGGGAUACUGAUGAUAGUGAUACAUACAUUGUCAUUGACGAUUCUGAGGAAGAUAUGAUCGCCGCCCCGAUCAGACCUCGAAUCAGAAAGGGCAUGUCAUCGCGAUCUGAUGGCUUCAGAGCAGAGAGGCAGAUGUCACCGCCGUGGAAUCCUGCAUCCAGUGCAGCAAACGCUGCCUCGAGACGGGGACGGGUGGGACGGAGAAAUAGAGAUAUCGAGCCUUCUACCGCCAUUUCGGGUCUCACUGACAUCGUAGAUAAUUCAACCAGCGAGUUUGAAAGCGAGUUCGAUAGCGACCUUGUAGAUCUUCCCUCUGAUAUCGACUCCGAUGACAUCUCGGACGACGAAAGCGUCAACCUACCCCCACCUGGCGCCUCUCGCCGUCGGAUUCCCGGGCGUGCUGCUCGUCAGAGGCUCAAUCUGUUAGAGGAGCGACAGAAUGGCAGGGCUAGAAUGGAACGACUUCGACUCGAGGCUCACCAUCCAGAGCUCCAGACUAUGUGGCAAGACCUGGAGAAUCUUCCCAAGAUUGGCUCUGUGAAGAUCGAUCAACCAGUCCAUAUCAACCGAGAGUUGAAGCCGUUUCAGCUUGAAGGGGUUGCCUGGAUGAGGGCAAUGGAACAAACAGAGUGGGGUGGUGGUUUAUUGGGUGAUGAGAUGGGUAUGGGAAAGACUAUACAAGCUGUCUCGCUCAUCAUGUCCGACUUCCCUGCUCCUCAACCUUCACUCGUCUUGAUUCCUCCAGUUGCUCUGAUGCAGUGGCAGCAGGAGAUUGCAGAUUACACCGAUGGCACACUGAAGACGUUUGUCUUCCACGGCACCAACGCGCAGACAAAGGGCGUCACUGUGGAAGAACUCAUGAAAUACAAUGUCAUAUUGAUGUCGUACAACAGUCUCGAGUCAAUGUAUCGGAAGCAGGAGAAAGGGUUCAAGCGCAAGGGUGGUCUGCACAAAGAGAAGAGUGUGAUCCAUCAGAUCCACUUCCACCGUGUCAUCCUCGACGAGGCACAUAAUAUUAAGCAACGUACCACCGGAUCUGCCAAGGCAUGCUUUGCUUUGAAGGCAGACCAUAAGUGGUGUUUGUCUGGUACCCCGUUGCAGAAUCGUAUUGGCGAAUUCUUCUCCCUUGUCCGUUUUCUCGACAUCCGUCCAUUUGCCUGCUACUUCUGCAAGCAGUGUUCUUGCUCCACUCUGAAUUGGGAGAUGAACGAGAUUGGUCGUUGCAAGGGAUGCAAUCACAGUGGCAUGCAACACGUCUCGGUCUUCAACCAAGAGUUGUUGAAUCCAAUCCAGAAGUUCGGCAACAACGGACCAGGAAAGGAGGCUUUUCGAAAACUUCGAAUCCUCACCGACCGAUUCAUGCUUCGUCGCGUCAAGCGGGACCAUUCAUCUGCAAUGGAAUUGCCUGCUAAGGAGAUCUAUGUUGAUCGACAAUUCUUCGGCGAGGAGGAGAACGAUUUUGCAGGUAGCAUUAUGAAUAACGGCACCCGAAAGUUUGAGACCUAUGUCGCCCAAGGUGUUCUGCUCAAUAACUACGCCAACAUUUUCGGUCUCAUCAUGCAGAUGCGUCAAGUGGCCGAUCAUCCUGAUCUCAUCUUGAAGAGGAACGGUGAGGGUGGUCAGAAUGUCCUUGUCUGUUGCGUCUGUGAUGAGACCGCCGAGGAUGCUAUCCGCUCAGCUUGCCGUCACGACUUUUGUCGCGAGUGUGCCAAGAGCUACCUACACGCUUCCGACACACCUGACUGUCCAACCUGCCACAUCCCUCUCUCCAUCGAUCUUGAACAGCCCGAGAUCGAACAAGAUGAGCAACUCGUCAAGAAGUCAUCCAUCAUCAACCGCAUCAAGAUGGAAAACUGGACCUCGUCUUCCAAAAUCGAAGCGCUGGUCCAUGAUCUUCACCAACUCCGAUCGAAAAAUAUGUCCAGCAAGUCAAUCAUCUUCUCCCAAUUUACAACUAUGCUCCAGCUGGUUGAGUGGCGUCUCCGUCGCGCGGGUAUUACAACGGUCAUGUUAGACGGCAGCAUGACUCCUGCUCAACGCCAGGCAUCGAUCAACCACUUCAUGACUGACGCCAGUGUUGAGUGCUUCCUCGUCUCUCUCAAAGCCGGUGGGGUUGCUCUUAACCUGACUGAAGCGAGUAAAGUGUUUAUCGUGGACCCGUGGUGGAAUCCUGCAGCAGAAUGGCAAUCUGCGGACCGUUGUCAUCGUAUCGGGCAGGCGAGACCGUGCUCCAUUACUAGGUUGUGUAUCGAGGAUUCGGUGGAGUCUCGCAUGGUGUUGUUGCAGGAGAAGAAGGCCAACAUGAUCAACAGUACGAUCAAUGCUGAUGAAUCGGCAAUGGAGAGCUUGACCCCUGAGGACAUGCAGUUCUUAUUUAGGGGAAAUUAGGUGGCGCUUGGGUAAUGAAGGUAGCCCGGUUCAGGUUUGCAGUUUUAUGACCCCGGCUGUUCUUCUUUAGCGGGUCUUGCUAGGUGUUACGGGUUCUCAUAUGGGGAGAAACGGUCGGAUCACUACUUCAAGAAGGGUAAUGGGAGGGCUCAAUAGGUGUUUGCUGGUUCCUAUACACAAGUUGGGAGGGAGUUGCUAAAGGGGGGUUGCUAUACACUUAGAUGAGUCACUCGCUGAAUGGGAUAUGAAUUAUAAUCGUUACAACUUCGUGAGAACCCCUGCA